GGGAGUGUGGGGGACAGACAGAGGGGGCCCCUGGCUGAGGGCUGUGGACAUUAGAAUAAAAGAUGAACUUCUCCCGGGCUCACCCCCAGAGCCGCUCCUGAUCCUUCUGCCUAAUGCCUCACCUCCCUGCGUGGACGGAGGGAGUGUCCACAGCUUGGAGACUCCGGCUCUGAUGGACAAAGGGCCCCUGAUUCUUAUGGUGUUCAAAUGGAGACGGCAAGUUCCCCUUGGCUCUCGGGCUGCCUCCUCGCCCUCGUCUUCCUCCAGCUGCCCGCACACCUGUCAGGGGACUCCGACCGGCUCCACCUGGCCCCGCUAGGGGGCACAGCCAGGCUGCUCUGUCCCCUCACCCUGUGGUCGUUCGAGGACGUCACCGAGGUGCGCUGGCUGCGGACCCCGACUCCCGGGCCCGCCCAGGUGGUUCACGUGUUCCGGGACGCGGGAGACCGCCUGGAAGACGUGGUGGCGGGAUACAAGGGGAGGACGGCGCUCCUGAGAGACGGCCGCCUGGGAAACGUCUCUUUGGAGAUCCGCGCGGUCCGGCUGGAGGACCGAGGGCCCUACCGCUGUCGGGUCCAGAUUGGAAACUUGAGUCGGGAGGGCACCGUGAAUCUGCAGGUGGCAGUUCUAGGCUCCGAUCCUUACAUCCACGUGAAGGGCUUCGACGCUGGAUGGAUCCAGCUGGUGUGCAGGUCGGUGGGAUGGUUCCCAAGGCCUCGGGCCGAGUGGAGAGACCCUCAAGGCAAGGCGCUUCCAUCGGAGACCGAGACCUCUUCCCUGGACCAAGCCGGGCUCUUCGAAACAGCGAUAUCCAGCAAAGUCAAGGACAGCACUGUGGGCAACGUGUCCUGCGCCAUCCGCAACGUGGCGCUUGGCCAAGAGAAGAGCGCAGCCAUGGUCGUGGCAGCCCCAUCUCCAGGGAGGAUCUCCUCCUCAGAAGUGGCUCUUGCUGUGAUCCUGCCUGUCCUGGGACUUCUCAUUGUGGUGGGCGUUUGCUUCCUCUGGAAGCAAAGAAGAUCAAGAGAGAAGCUUCUCUAUGAACAGGCGAUGGAGGUAGAAAAUCUUCUCUCAGACCAUGCCAGAGAAAAAGGAAGGCUCCAUAAAGCCCUCAAGAAACUCCGGAGUGAACUGAAGUUGAAAAGAGCUGCCGCCGACUCAGGCUGGAGGAGGGCCCGGCUGCACUUCGUGGCGGUGACCCUGGACCCCGACACGGCGCAUCCCAAACUCAUCCUGUCUGAGGACCGCAGGUGCGUGAAGCUCGGAGACAGAAGGCAGCCUGUGCUUGAUAACCCCCAGAGGUUUGAUUUCGUCGUCAGUGUCCUGGGCUCUGAGUACUUCGUAGCUGGUUGUCACUACUGGGAGGUGAACGUGGGAGACAAGACCAAAUGGAUCCUGGGGGUGUGCAGCGAGUCAGUGAGCAGGAAGGGGAAGGUCACGGCCUCGCCCGCCAACGGACACUGGCUUAUGCGGCAGAGCCGUGGGAACCAGUAUGAAGCUCUCACAUCUCCACAGACCUCCUUCCGUCUGAAAGAGCCGCCGCGCUGCGUGGGGAUUUUCCUGGACUACGAAGCAGGAAUCAUCUCCUUCUACAAUGUGACCGACAAAUCCCACAUUUUUACUUUCACCCACACGUUCUCUGGCCCCCUCCGCCCUUUCUUUGAACCUUGCCUUCACGAUGAAGGGAAAAACACGGCUCCUCUAAUUGUCUGUUCAGAACUCCAGAAAUCAGAGGAGUCAAUUGUCCCCAAGCCAGAUGGAAAAGGCCACGCUAAUGGAGAUGUGGCCCUGAGGGUGGACUCUUCCCUGCUGCCCCCUCAGGCACCAGAGCUUUCCCCACACAGGGACUUGACCCUGCCUUGGCCCCCUGACGUUGGCCCCGCCCUCCAGGGGCUCAAGGUUCCUUAUUUUUAAGAAGGUGCCUCAUUGCCUGCUCCCCUGCCCAUCCAGCCUCGUGCUCCGGCCCAACGUUGGAUUCUGGAACAGCACAUCUUCUCUCCCCGAAUUCAGACCCUUUUGUGGCUUCUAUUCAUGCCACUUAUCUCCCAGUUCUAAACCCCCGUCUCCUGCUGCGGACUCGAAGUUCCCACUGCCCUGGGAGAACCCUUGCAAACCAAAUGAACAACCAGAUUAGGUGAAGGCGGUGAUGUUGAAGGUGCCCCACUGAGAUACAGCGUCCUCCAUCCGAAGCGCUCUUUAGGAGGACUUCGUCCGACCUCACCCUGCGCUCCGGCUUUUAGUCGUGGGGUUACCAGACCCGGUCCCUGACUUAUCUCGACAAGAAUUGCUUUUCUCUCUCUCUCUUUCUCUUUUUUAUUUAGUUCAGGCCCUAAGCCCUCAAAGCCAGUUUUUUAAAAGUAAACAUAUUUUGGGUCAAACAUUCUUUCUUCAUCCUUCUGGACUAACGGGUGAGGAGGACAGGAGAUAAAACAUACUCUCCUUUUCUAUUUCCUUGGUGCUGUUCACAGUGUAGUUCCAUGAUAUCCAGAGCUAAUGCACAUGUUUCCAAAGCUAAUUUACUUGUUAGUGAUAACCAGGUACAGGGACUUUACUUACUUUAUUUUAUUUUUAAUCCUUAUUGAAGGAUAUGUGUAUUGAUUUGAGAGAGAGAGAGAGAGACAUCAAUGUGAGAGAGAAACAUCCAUCAGUUGCCUCCCAUAAGUGCCCCAACUGGGGAUUGAACCUGCUACCUAUGUAUGUGCCCUGACUGGGAAUCGAACCUUCAACCUUUUGGUGUACAGGAUGAUGCUUCAACCAACUGAGCCACCCAGCCAAGGGAAGGCACAGGGACUUUAACUGUGGUAGCUGGAAUCCCCAAAAGCCUUGGGAGCAGUCAGGGAGCUGGGAAGCACGACUUCAAACAGCAGGCCAGCUGCGUGUGGCCCGGCAAAGACGGCUGUGGGUGAGUCAGUCUGUUGCCGCGGCCAUUUUGCACAUCUUUCUGAGAUUCAGAGAGGCCCAGCUAGAAAAAGUGGCAGUUUUAACUACCAAUGGGGUCUUUUCCCCCAUAAGACAUGAAACUGGAAGACUUGACUGUUUGUGUAGCACACUCUUCCCUUGGGUCGGAGAAUAAUGAUUUUAAAUAGGAAUUUGAUAGACCAGGUGUGAGGAUAAAAUAAUGAAUCUGAUUUUGUGGUGUGGAUUGCAGAAAGAAGUCUAGUCUCUUUCAAGUCAUACCAUAUGUCUGGUCUGGCCUCUUUUUGCAGAGACUAGCUCUCAGUGUGCAGAUGGGCACUCAGUUCUGCCCAACCCAAACUGGAGGGAUCCAGGGGGGCCAGUGAUCUAGUUCCUGCCACAGUCUGGAGGCCCAAGACCCAGGAGAGCCUACGGCAUAAUCCCAGCGUGAAGGCCGACAGGCUUGAGACGCAGGGAGGACUGACGUUCAGUUUGAGCCUGAACGUGGGAAAAAGCGGGUGUCUCGUUUGAAGGCUGUCUGGCAGGAAGAAUAUCACUAGGGGAAGGGUCAGCCCUUUGGUUCUAUUCAGGCCUUUAACCGACUGGAUGAGGCCCGCCCAUGUUAGGGAGGUCAAUCUACUUUACUCAAGCUAAUGAGUUAAAUCUUCUCAUCCAAAAGUACUCUUACAGAAACAUCUAGAACAGUUGACCAAAUAUCUGGGCACCCUGUGGCCUAGUCAAGUUGAUACAUAAAAUAUAAACACCAUAGUGCUUGAGUAGAAUUUUUUAAAAGAUUUUAUUUAUUUAUCUUUAGAGGGGAAGGGAAGGAGAGAAGGAGAGAAACAUCAAUGUAUGGUUGCCUUUGGUGGGUCCCCCUGCUGGGAAUUGGCCUGCAGGGAACCGGCCUGCAACCCAGGUAUGUGCCCUGACUGGGAAUCGAACCCUGAUUGGUUCACAGGCCCGCGCUCAAUCCAAGCCGGGGCUUUGAGUAGAAUUUUUCAUUUGCUUUUGUAUAGUUCUUAAAUAAAAGUUUGGCAUCCAUUGUUGUUAUUUACAUUGUGAAUGAGAAGUUGAAGGAAAAGGCUUUGGACUGAUAAGAGAAAAACACAUCAUGGAUUUGGUUUCCAAACAGCUUUGACUCCACCGAGCAAGCUUUAAUCACAGUUAAAAAUAAAGUCACAGUUUUAUUUCUGAGCCUACCUUCUGAGCAUUUUAUUUGAACCAAUUUAUAAAGUAAUAGUAUAGGGGGUAUUUAUAUUUCAUCCAUCCACACUCAGUUUCAAAACUACUUUCCUGAAUAUCCCAAUCUUAAAACGCACAUUGUUCACGCUGGCUUCACCCGAGAAUUUACCAGCAGGAAAGAAACCUGUCAUUUGUGGAGGCAGAAGCUUGAUAUAUCCUCACAACAAUUCUGCCAGGAAUUUUACAGCGGAGGAAAAUAGUGCUCCCAAAUAGCUGGGUGCUAGAACUGGGAUUCUAAAUCUGGUUUAUCCAGCCCUGAAGACUAUUGUCUUUGCAAUGAAACGCUGUGAAGAUAUGACAGGCCUGCUCAUUUAGGCUACCUAUUCAUUUAGGCUUUUUUUUUCUUUUAUAACUGAAGCCUAAGGAAAAGAAAUCCUAAUCCUCGUUCCGUCAGGAUUGAUGAGCAACAAUCAGGUUUCACUACGUAGGACUCAGAAAAAUCCCUGUGCCAGGGUGUCAGGAGAUCCAAAGGCGGCUCUUCGGACAGGGAACCUCUAGCUUCUCUGACAAGUGGAUUGGGUUUGUUGAUCUUUAAACUCCUUCCAGUUCUACAAUCCUUUGAUUUCCAAUUAUGAACCUCGACGGAGGCUCGGGAACUCCAAGCUUCGUGGGAUGUCUACAGGACCGGCAACACUCACCAACUCAUGGGGUAAUGGCAGCUCUUACACAUUCUACCUCUUCCCAGACCAGUGGCCCGGCACAUUGGGCUUUUAACGCCGAAGCGCAGAAGGAAAUUUGACAACCUUAGGAGGAAACUCAGUGUCCACCGCUGGGCUCAA